CACUGGUUGGUCAAAAUGUCCUGUCCUAGCUCCAGUAUAUUUUCUUCAUUAAUGUCUACGAGAUGGAAUGCACCUGAAAUCUUAAAAAAAAUUAGCAGAGUACGGAAAGACAUGUAUAACGACACAUUAAAUGGUAGUACGGAGAAGAGAAGUGCAGAAUUACCAGAUGCUGUGGGACCUAUUGUACAGUUACAAGAGAAACUAUAUGUGCCUGUAAAAGAAUAUCCAGAUUUUAACUUUGUUGGAAGAAUCCUUGGGCCCAGAGGACUAACAGCUAAACAGCUUGAGGCAGAAACAGGAUGCAAGAUAAUGGUCCGAGGGAAGGGCUCGAUGAGGGACAAAAAGAAGGAAGAACAGAACCGAGGCAAGCCCAACUGGGAACACCUGAAUGAAGAUUUACAUGUACUUAUCACUGUGGAGGAUGCUCAGAACAGAGCAGAAAUAAAACUGAAGAGGGCUGUUGAAGAAGUAAAAAAGUUACUGAUACCUGCAGCAGAAGGAGAAGACAGCCUUAAAAAGAUGCAGCUGAUGGAGCUUGCAAUUCUGAAUGGCACCUACAGAGAUGCCAACAUCAAAUCACCAGCCCUUGCCUUUUCUCUUGCAGCAACAGCCCAGGCUCCAAGGAUUAUUACUGGGCCUGCGCCUGUUCUCCCACCAGCUGCCCUGCGUACUCCUACGCCAGCUGGCCCUACCAUAAUGCCUUUGAUCAGACAAAUACAAACCGCUGUCAUGCCAAACGGAACUCCUCAUCCCACCGCUGCAAUAGUUCCACCUGGACCCGAAGCCGGUUUAAUUUACACACCAUAUGAAUACCCCUACACACUGGCACCAGCUACAUCAAUCCUUGAGUAUCCUAUUGAACCUAGUGGUGUAUUAGGUGCGGUGGCUACUAAAGUUCGAAGGCACGAUAUGCGUGUCCAUCCUUACCAAAGGAUUGUGACCGCAGACCGAGCCGCCACCGGCAACUAACCUAUGACCUUCUGACCUCUGAACUCUUCACCCAAUGAUGACCUGACCAUGCCUGCCUGCUGAUCAGUUAACUGGUAAACGCCUUUGCUUGCCUGUCUUCAGUGCAGCGAGCUGGGGCACUUGUCCGUUCGUCUUACCAUCUAACAAAACAGACAAAGAAAUUGUUGUCCUCCAACUCCGCUUUUUGUUGUUCUCCUGUUUGGGUGAAAGUGGUUCUAGAACCUGCACUGAAUAGUAGUAAAGCAAUAAGGUCCAACUCAUCCCUCCGCACUGAUCAUCCUCUAGUGUCCCGCCCCAAGCGAACGGUAAGGAGGCCUCACACAAGAUGGAGACAGAUGUCCCUUAACUACCCGAUGACAGAGGCAGUUACUGUGAGAGACUUCUAGGAAUAUUUUUCUUCUCAGAAAAAAAAAAAAAAUAAAGUCAAAGCUCUCUCUGAAUGUACUGUGUGAUGAUGCAUCAUGCAUGAACCUUUGGUCAGGGAUGUCAUUGGGGAAGGGAUUCUAAAAAGUAUUCAAAAUUUGAUACGCCGUUUAGUCACUACCAGUGCCCUCAAAGGGCAGAUGUUGCAGCCUUUUUUCUAUUGCCUGCCAAAUUGGACGUUUUAAAGGAAAGUGUGCCAUUGAAAUGCAGAUUAUGAUGACUUUUCAGAACUACAUUAAUGCAGAGGACAAAACAGCAACACUAUUAAAGUGAAAUACAAGUUUAAAUUGUUUUAACCAUAUUUUAAUCUCCUUGGAAGAUUACAUGAGAACAAGGUACAUGCAUUAUGUGUCACAUUACUGGGCAAACUGUUCAAAUAUUUUUUUUAAACUUCCCUGUAUAGAAAAAAUUUCAUUAAGGAUGUAAAAGCCAUGCUUGCCUAUUUGCUGUAUACAUGUAAUGAAAUUGUAGAUAAAGUGUAGUGCAUUGAAACAAAAUGAACAAAAAAGUAGAUACUUUUACUAUACAAGGGUGCUGGUGCAGAAAAAAAAAUAUAUUUUUGGAAAUGUAGCAUUUUAUACUUUCAAGUGUUAUAAAAAAAAGAAAAAAAGAACAAAGAAACCCUUUAUUUCAUUAAAUGAUUUUUUCUGGUGGUUGUCAAGAAACAAAAGACCAAAAGAGCCUUUUAGUCUUUCUUUUUUAUUUUUUAAGUAUUGGAAUAAGUCUAAAGAAAAGGAAGUGCCUUAUUUUCUUCAUGGUCAUUUAGUCAAAUGUCUUGUAUAAUCAGCUUCUCCCUCAGACAAGUUACUGCAUGCCACUCAGACGCCCAGUAUGUGAAAGAAGCUGUGAGGGAAGACAAAUGAUGAGUUGACCAUAUUAAUUACCUGAUUUUUGCCAUACUAGUGUGAUGUGACUUUGCCAAAAUCUCAUUAUGCAAAAUAUUUGCUAAGUUUUUGUCAAACCGGCCCAUUAUUAUUUCAACCACUCUACUUUUUAAAUCAUAGCAAAUGCCAUACUUGUGCAACGUAGACCAAAGGGUUCUAUGAUACAGACUGUCUCAUGCUAAAGGAGAUUAUUAGCUGACAAAUGUUUGUAGAGCUGGAAGUCUGUCAUUUUUGUUCAGAGAUGGAGAGGAGUUUUCUUGAUUUUGGUUGAAAUAAAUAUACAUCAACUAUAGUAGGCUUCGGCAUCACCAAGAAAACUGAUGUUCUGUGAAUAAUGAAACUGAAAGUGCUUGGCUGGUUUUCAGUUAGUUACUGAACAUGUCCCCAGUUUUCACAAACAGCUCCUGCAGUAGCAAACAGCAUGGAAGUUAUUUAUUUUUCAGCUUGUCUUUGACUAUUGUUAGAUCUUCCCUGUUGGCUUUUCUUCAAAAGAUAAGCAGGAGAGGGACAUCAGCUAGUUGUUUGAAGUCCAGCUAAACUUUAUUUUUAACCUUUGUUUUCCACAUGAGGUUCAAAUAGCUGGGCAAUUGCAAGAGCUGAAGCUGUUGAACGCACAGUAUUUAAUUCUGAAAACAUUAAGUAUUACUUUGUGGGGCUCAGUACUAAACUUGGCAAAUAUCAGGUGAUAAUUUUAGUCCCCUCUUGUCAACUUAUUCGCCUCCUGCAAAUCUUCACAGCUUCCAAAUGAAAGGUCAAUAGUAAGCUAAGAGGGCUUACAUUUUUAAGCACCUGCAUGGUGACCUCAUCUAACAUCUUGUCUCACCUGGAAAUAAUUAUCAGUUUAUUUACUAUGCAAUAGACAUUCAUCCUUUUGUAUUCAGCUAGAUUUUUCUUUAUUGUGCCACCGGCUUUGUCUUCCUGUUACACAUACAGUUGUGUUGAUUUUAUUUACAGUAUAUGCUGUGCCAUUUUGAUUUUAUUUUGGUUGGUUGGUUGAAUAAACUUGCGACACUCGAACAUUUGAAGAGAGAUUUGCUAAAACUAUACCAGUAUUUGAUCCAGUUUCAUCUCAACUGUGAUAAAACCUGGACAUUUUAGACAUUUAUCAAAGGUCUUUUCUGGGGGGUAGGGGAAGUGUAUGGAAUAGAUGUGUGACAUGUGAAAGUAAUGUUUGCUCUGAACAAACUUCUGAAAACUUAGUUGACAAAAUUUUGGAUCAACUUAAAAAAAAGCAUGACUUUUGAAAUCUCUGAAUGCCUUGGUUCUCAGUAUUAUCAUUCUUUAAUGACUUUUUCUUUAUUAAAAUAAGUAGUUUUAAGACUUCUUUCUGACAGUAUUAUGUAAUUUUUUUAGAGUGGGUAGAUGGGAGUGUCGCUUGUAUGUAACCGUACAGAUGACAUGUAUUUGUCUAUUCUUUAUUAUCUUAGUAGUUUCAUGCUAUGUAUGUACCAUAACCAACCUAUUGCCUAUGAGAAACAUGUAAGAUAAUGUAUUUACAGCCAUUGUUACAAGUUUAUAAUGUAUUUUUCUAUCUUGUUUUAUAUGUAUGUUAUAUAACAUUCAAAAGAAUUUUUUUCCUGAUUGAGAAAAAAGGAUACAAAAUGCAAAACCCACAAUUUUGAUAACUGAAAAAUUGCCAAUUGUUUUGCAGUACUUUAUUAUAUUGGGAGUGUUGUCUUUCUUGGGCUUUUAGUUAGCUACUGGAUGAAUACAUUAGACAUAUUUGGGUUUUAGUUGGGUUUUUACAUAGCUUGCAUUUUAAUUCUUUGGUUCUUUGCUGUUUCUAUUAACCCAUAGCAUUAUUUUAAUAAAUGUUAUAAUACCAACCUACUAACUCUGGACUAUGUCUGUUUAUUAACCAUUACAUGUUUAAUUACGAUAAACAAAUAAAGACGGAAGAAUGUAAAGUCUUGAGUUACUGGACUAACCCUGAAGAACGUGACCACAGAUAACACAACGUGACUUGUUUUUAUGUUGUUUGUCAGCUGACAUUCUGCACACUACUAUUAAGUUGGCUUUGGUCAUUCUGGCCUCUUACCUUGGGGAAUAGGUGCCAGUAGAAAUGGGAACAAAGUAGCAUUUUUUGAGACAUUCUUGUAGAGUCUUGCCACUUGCCUUUCAGCAUCUGCAUUACUAAUUCCACACUUUCUUUUUCUUUCUCUAAAAUAAUUACUGUCAGCUCACAGCAAAAGAGCAAAGAUGCCAGUACAUUGGUAAAUCAUGACUGUGUACAGAAACCAGUUUGAUUCUUUGUUGAACCAUUCAGAGGUUGCAGUUAAUCUCACAGUAAUUCGUGAUUCGUUGGUUUUGGCACCUGAUUCAUGUUGCAUCAUGUGACAUUUCAAAAUACUUCUGGAUAGAAUUGUUGUACAUUGAAAUACAAAAUCUGGGAGUUUUCCUUGUGAAAAGUGCCUUAUUGUCUUCAUGCCACACUAUUUUCAAGUAUCUUUUUUUUUUUUUGUAUUUCUGCUAUAGUCUGUCAGUAUUGCCUAGCUCAGGGGAGUACAACAUGUAAGCCAAAGGUCAAACUGGAUCUUUUCCUAAUGACUGCAGAAAGUACAAAAAUACACCUUUCAUUAAAUUACCAAGCAACAGCCAUUUCAAAUUCCAGGGCUGCCUUUAUGUGAUCUUCAUCCCUGUGGAUGACUUGAGCAAAACAAAUGCAGGGAAUUUAAAUGGCGAAAAUGCUGUUUUGAAUGUACAUCUAUGCAAAUAUUUUUACAGAAACAUUUCCCUUUCUUAGAACUUAAGCUAUCUGAAGCUCCUUUACAUUUCCCAGGUAGUUCUCCUAGAUUUGUAAUCUUAAAUUGACAGUAAUUACACCUAAUGUUGAGGGAGAUCCUCAAUGUAGAUAACUUUUCUGAUGUCAACAAUUUUUGUGAAAUCCUAUUUUUUUCCUGUAGAUGGUAAAAAUUCAGAUGAGGAGACUGAAUCUGUUCAAAUGCCUCCUUUAAUUUAUGAUGUUUGAAACUAUUUAUCUUGAAAUCCAUACAAUAUAAAACUUGAGUGUUAAAGGGUUCUCACAGUAUUGGUAGUAAUUAAAAUAGAAAGCAUCUUUAUUUUAUAGUGAAGAAUAGUCUAGCUUUGAUAAUGUUUGUUAGUUUUCUAAUGGCAUGUAGUUCUUUGUUUUACAGAAAUUUUAGGUACAGAUAAAAUAUCAAUGCAUUUUGAAUAGUUUCACUUGUACAGAUUAUACCAAACCUUUUGACUGGAUAAUGGCACAAAGUGUCAUUACAGAGCCGAUAAUUUAUAUUCCUAAAGAAUUUUAUCAGAGGCACACAUUUAAGCUUGGUGAAGUACUCUCUCCAUUUUAGGUGAAACUAUUCAGAUGGAACAAAAGUUUAAUAUUUUAUAUUGAAGAAUAUUUCUAUUCCCAGGACUACUGCUGUCCUGUAGUAUUUUUAUUAUUUUGUAUUUUUAUCAAUAGAUAUUAACUACUGUCACACUUUGUUCACAGUGCAUUUUCAUCUCAUUCUUCAGUAUAUACAAUAGUGAAAAUUGCUGUAAGUUUUGUAGUACUUUAAAGCUAAAGGACAGCAAAAAAAAGGGAAAAACGCUAAAAUCAAAAUACUAUACAUUGUUGUCCACCAAAGGCAUUUCUCAAUUUACCUAAGUGCCUGUCUGAAAAUUUAACUAUUUUAUACUUCAUCUGCUUAUAGGAAAGAAACAAAGUAGUUUUAGAACUGAAUUUAAGGAUGACUUCAAUAUUGCUGAAUAACUGAAGUUAGGUUCAUAUUAUUCUGAGGUUAAAUUGUCUUAACAUUCAAGAAAAUCAUACAUUCAAGACAACAAAUUUGGUUUCUUUGAGAGUAUUUUUGUGCAUGUCAUCAAUCCAUGAUAUAUUUCAAAAGAGUUUUCAAGGAUUUUUAUUAAAGGUAUUUUUAGUGAGCAUAUGUUCAGUGUAUACUGACAAUAUUGAUCCUUUAUUUGAACAUACCUUUUAAAAGUAUGUCAAAAAUCUACAUGUUAGGAAUCGUUUAUUGCCAGACUGUACUCUAGGAGGGGGACCACUAAAAGGUUUUCUGCCCUGAAAAUGCAGGGAAAAAUUGAAGUGUGUUGCCAUCCAUUAAGAAAUUACUUUAACUUGGGGGAAACAUGCUUAUGAGUAUAUAAAACUGAAUUCUUUGUGUCUGGGUAAAAAAAUGUUCUCAUAAGUACCAUAUUGUACAGAAUGGAAUCUGAGUAACACAUUCCUAGGGCUGGAAGUAUAUAAUUGUUACUGGAAUUUCUGGUUUGUUUUAAUGUAUUUGAUAUAUUUUUCUAAAACACUUUUAACGGAAUACUGUCCAAAUAACACGUGAACCAUAACAUUAACACGUGAUACUUAAUGUUGAAUCAAACUGGUUAACGAAAGUACAGUGCUCUUCCUUCUCUGUGCCUGUGCACUAAUUGCAGGUGGUAUGGUUCUGCAUAGGGGCUAGGGGUCAGGCACAGCGGGUUGUAGUGCUAAUUUCUUAGUGCCUGCAGUUCGGGUGUCCGUCUUCAACAACAGAAUAACUGGGGGGAAUCUGCCUCCCAAGGCAAAGAUUAACUGAGAUUUGAAACUCUUAGAAGAAUUAGCAGCAACAAUAAAAUAACAUAUAUACAUAUAUGCUUUGACUUGUAUUAUGGCAGUUUGUGUGAAACAUUUAAGGUUUUGUUUGUGCGAAAUAAUGUAUUCCGAGGGGAAAAGCAAACAUGGACAUUGCCAAAAGACAUGUAAAUAAAACACCAUUUAUGACUGUACAUUAUGUGCAAUAAAGUAAUUGGAAAAAGUGCAUGUACUUUAUCCUCAAAAGUAAACUGACAGCUCUCAAAGCUGUAACUAUAGUUUUAUUUUCUGAAAAGUUAAAUUUUAUUCUGUAUCUAAACAGCAGAAUAAAGAAUGUACAUUUUCCCACUUAAAUUUUCAUUAAUGCUUUUAGCAGUGUUAUGAAGGAUGUUAAUUGUUCAAGAGGCUUAAAUUUUCAUGGUCGUCUGAUUAUCGGUGUAUUUUGCUUAACAGUUUCUUAUCACAUAUGCUGUUGUUUGUAACUGUAAAUGGAGCAAGUAUGCAUUAUAUACCAUAAACAUGCAAUACACUUUUUGCAUUUA